AUGGUGAUUCGUAAAGCUAAAUUAAUGGAGUUAGAAUUUGCAGAAAUGGCAGAGGAACCAGUAAAGAGUUCAACUAAUACUACAAGAACAGGCGGCAGAGUUACCUGGAGACCGCCACUGGUGGGUUGGAUCAAAUGCAAUGUGGAUGCAGCUUUUGAUAAAGCUCGUUCUACGGGAGCAACUGCAGCAAUAUUUAGAGACCAUAAUGGUACCCUUCUCUCAGGAAUUAACUCCUCAAUAGUUGCCACUUCGCCAUUAGCUGCGGAGGCAUUAGCGGUUAGAGCAGCCUUAAUUUUGUCACGUAAUUUUCAAAUGCAAAAAGUUAUCAUAGAAUCAGACAAUCAGAUGCUUAUUCAGGCACUAAAAUCACAUACAACAAUUGCAGAAAUUCAAGUUAUUCUACAGGACAUAUUACAUUUAGUAGGAGGCAUUCCAAACUGUGGCUUUACCUGGGUGCCUAGAGAAGCGAACUCAUUAGCGCAUGAAGUGGCGAAGCUAACAGGUCACGGCACCCUCCGCCAGAAUUGGAUCAUGCAUAGGCCACUGUCCAUCAGGAACAUUCUCCGAGGGGAUCAGCUUGCUAUCUCCAGAUUGCUAAUUAGUUCAGGAGCGAAUUGA